UAUAGCCGUUAUACAAAGUGCCCAUUCUUGAAAAGUCACAUAAGCUCCUCCCCCUUUUUCAAAAAAAUUCGACCGUUAGACUCAAAUCACUACGUAAAUCCCAAAUUUCAACUCUUUUCUUCCAUCAACACACGAACAAAAAAACAGCAAAAAAUAUCCUCUCUUUCACAGACAUCAAUCAAAUCCAGGAAAAAAAAUUCACACAAUUUUCGUGCACCAACGUUGUAAAACUGGAAAGAAAAUGACAGAUUUAAACACGCGUGUAAUGGAUGAGGAUUAUGAGUUCUCCGCGCCAAGAUUCUACGAUUUUAUUAAUGGAGAGACUCAGGAGGAUAUGCGUAACGCUGAGCUUUGGUUCGAUAAUACAAUCAGCUAUGCACCUUCUCCUUUUAUGCAAAGAAUUAAGAGUGGUAGGAUGAUUCAACUUGAGAGCCUAUGUGAUUUUACCAAAGACGAGGAGUUGCAGGAUAAUGCAAGGCCUGUAGCUGAGCCCUCUUCUUCUGGAAAUAAGGAAGAAGUAAGGCCAAAUGGGAUUGAAGAACCUGCAGCUGAGCUCACGUCUUCCGCAAAUAAGGAAGAGGUAAUCCCAAAUGAGAUUAUUGAGGAACCUGCAGCUGAGCUUGUUUCUUCUGGAAGUAAGGAAGAGGUAACGCCAAAUGAGAUUAUUGAGGAACCUGCAGCUGAGCUUGUUUCUUCUGGAAAUAAGGAAGAGGUAACACCAAAUGAGAUUAUUGAGGAACCUGUAGCUGAGCUUGUUUCUUCUGGAAGGAAGGAAGAGGUAACACCAAAUGAGACUACUGAAGAAUCUGGUAGCAGUCUUCCUAAUUUAGUAUCUGUUCAGCAGCAGUCAAAUGUAGAAGAAGUUAGCACCCCUGCACCACCAACGAUAUCUCAGAAGAGUGAUCAAAAGACUGAUUCCAAGAAGCGACAGACUGCUAAAAAGAUUGCUAGCCUUCUUAGAAACCCUUCAGCAUUAAAGUCGAAAGCUCACCUGCAACAGUCACAAUUGAAGAAGAGUAGUAAUCCAGCUAGUGCGAGAAAGCAACCAAUCGCGAAAAGUGCUGUUGGAACGCAUAAUCUUGCUCAAGAAAACCAAGCUAUAAAAAGACAGAAACUUGAAGGCGGAAAAUCCAGACAGAUUCUUAACAUCAAACCCGAGAAUCUUCCACACAAAGCAAAAGUCGGGGUUGCUAGCAGCAGUUCCACCUUAUUCGCUUCGGCUGCAAAAACUCAUAAACUGGACAGAAAGAUGUAUGUUCGGGAACCAGUUGCCCCCUUCGUCUCAAUAGCAGAAAUGAUGAAAAAGUUCCAAUCUAGCACGAGGGAGAUGUCGCUGUCUCGCAUGAGCAGUUCUACUUCACAUGAUGAUCCAGCUGGACUGAUGCAGAGGAAGCAGAAGCAGCUUAUAUUGACCAGGCCUAAAGAACCGGAAUUUCUAACAGCUCAACGUGUUCGUCCAACAAGAGUGAAGAGUUCAGCUGAGCUAGAGGAAGAGAUGAUGGCCCAAAUUCCCAAGUUUAAGGCUCGCUCGUUAAACAAAAAGAUAUUGGAAAUUCCAACUCUACCAGCAUUACCGAAGAGUACACCUCAACUUCCAGAAUUCAAGGAAUUUAAUUUGCAAACUAUGGCACGAGCCAAUCAAAAUGCGGAAACAUCAACAGUUGCAUCGAUAGAAUCUACUCAGAGUCAUCAAUGGAACCCGUCCCAUCUUACAGCUCCAAAAUCACCUGUUCUUAAAACAUCACUAAGAGCACGACCUCCAAGGAUUAGAAGCUCCAAAGAAAUGGAAAAGGAAGAACUCGAAAAGGUUCCCAAAUUUAAGGCAAGGCCUUUGAAUAAGAAGAUUUUUGAAAGUAAAGGAGAUUUGGGGAUGUUCUGCAACACGAAGAGGCAGGUGACAGUGCCUCAAGAAUUUCAUUUUGCCACCGAUGAACGGAUUCCACCUCCAGCUAAUGUAGCUGAUCUGUCGUUUGACAAGCUUUCCCUUGGUUCUGAAUCGCAAAAUGACAAGAGAAUUCCUAGAAAUACUAUUCCAGAUCCCUUCCGUCUCUCCACAGAGGAACGAGGGACGGAGAAAGAGAGGAAAUUGUUCACCGAACUUCUACAUAAACAAAUCGAGGAGGAGAGGUCCAGAAUUCGCAAAGCAACUCCAUAUCCAUACACCACUGAUUAUCCAGUGAUUCCACCAAAACCAGAACCAAAGCGGUGCACAAGACCAGAACCUUUCCAAUUGGAAAGUCUUGUUAAGCACGAGCAGGAGACGUGGAGGCAAAUGGAAGAAAGGCGACGAAUGGAGGAGGAAGAAGCAAAGAUGAGGACUUUUAAAGCGCAACCUAUCUUGACUGAAGACCCAAUUCCAGUUCCUGAGAAAGUACGUAAACCCCUCACUGAAGUUCAGGACUUUAAAUUGCGUGUCAAUCACCGUUCUCUUGAUAGAGCUGAGUUUGCUAAGAAGGUUAAGGACAAAGAAGUGAUGCAUAAGAGGUAUAGAGAGGAGGCAGAAUCUGCAAGAAUGAUGGAAGAAGAGAAGGCGCGGAAACAAUUGCGGAGAACUUUGGUGCCCCAUGCAAGACCUGUGCCUAAAUUUGAUCAUCCUUUCCUACCUCAAAAGUCUUCCAGACAAGUGACGAAACCAAAAUCACCAAAGCUACAGAUUGUUAAAAGAAAAGAAAGGAGGGCAACGGCAUGCCCCUAUGCGCCGGUUUCUAGUGCUGCCUCCCAAAUGAGGUGAUAGUACCAGCGCGAUCAAUUCAAAAAUUGGAGAGCUAAUUAGUUGUUCAAGAAGCCUUGAAUUCCAUAGAGAGAGGUUACUGCUUUGCUUUCCAGGCACUCCAAAUUAAAGUUUGUUUUACUCCAAAUUAGCUCAUUGUUGUAUUUAUAAAAUGUCUGUAAAACUUGUGUAAAAUGGGAGCUAAGAUAUUGCACCUCCAAUGUUCUUUCACGUAUAUAUAUUCUAGUAUUCAGUUGGUAUAUCUUGUCUUCAAUAGAAUCCACACUAGUCUGGAUUGUAUAACAAGUACUGAAAGCUAGCUUUGCGCUAAACAAACUACAACUACAUAGCUCAUGAUUCAGUUCAGGA